GGGAGAAAGGAAAGAAAAGGGAGAAAAGCCAAGGUUGGUGCCUGCGAAUUUGGGAUUCGAUUGGAAGAGAUCGCUCCCUGAGGGAAAUGGAUUCUGUACCAACAUUAACCAGCUUAUGGACUUUGGUGCUCUCUGGCUUAUGGCAUUUAGGAUUAACAGCGACAAAUUACAACUGUGACGACCCAUUGGCCUCCUUCCUCUCACCGAAGGCUUUCUCCAGCUCCUCGGAUCUUACUGGAAGCUCCAUCCCAGCUCAACUCAACUGGAGAAUGGGAACUGGUGGUUGGUCCCCAGUAGAUUCCAAUGCCCAACAGUGGCUCCAGAUGGACCUGGGAAACAGAGUGGAGAUUACAGCAGUGGCCACACAGGGAAGAUAUGGGAGCUCUGACUGGGUGACAAGCUAUCACCUGAUGUUCAGCGACACAGGCCACAACUGGCAACAGUACAAGCAAGAAGACACCAUCUGGACAUUUGUAGGAAACAUGAAUGCUGACAGUGUGGUUCACCACAAGCUGCUGCACUCUGUGAGAGCCCGCUUUGUUCGCUUUGUGCCCCUGCAGUGGAAUCCAAAUGGAAAAAUUGGCUUGAGAGCGGAGGUCUAUGGAUGUUCCUACAAAUCGGACGUUGCUGACUUUGAUGGCCGGAGCUCACUUUUGUACAGGUUCAACCAGAAGACAAUGAGCACUCUCAAAGAUGUGAUCUCCCUGAGGUUCAAGAGCAUGCAAGGCGAUGGGGUUUUGUUCCAUGGAGAAGGUCAACGUGGAGACCACAUCACCCUGGAGCUACAGAAUGGCAGGCUAGCCCUAUACCUGAACCUGGAUGACAGCAAAGCCCGGCUCAGUAGCAUUGCACCCUCAGCCAUUCUGGGUAGCCUUCUGGAUGACCAGCACUGGCACUCAGUUCUCCUGGAGCGUGUGGGCAAGCAGGCAAACUUCACUGUGGACAGGAACACACAGCACUUCCGGACCAAGGGUGAGACAGAUGCCCUGGACAUUGACUAUGAGCUCAGUUUUGGAGGAAUUCCAGUACCAAGCAAACCUGGGACCUUUUUAAAGAAAAACUUCCAUGGCUGUAUUGAAAACCUUUACUACAAUGGAGUGAACAUAAUUGACUUGGCUAAAAGACGAAAGCAUCAGAUCUACUCUGUGGGCAAUAUCAGUUUUUCCUGCUCAGAACCACAAAUUGUCCCCAUCACAUUUGUCAAGUCCAAGAGUAGUUAUUUGCUACUAUCCGGCACCCCUCAAAUUGAUGGGCUGUCAGUGAGUUUCCAGUUUCGAACAUGGAAUGAAGAUGGACUGCUUCUGUCCACAGAGCUGUCUGAAGGCUCAGGGACCCUGCUGCUCAUCUUGGAGGGAGGGACACUGAGGCUCCUGAUUAAGAAACUCGCAGGACAUGGAACUGAAAUCCUUACAGGCAGUGCAUUGAAUGAUGGCCUGUGGCAUUCUGUCAGCAUCAAUGCCAGGAGAAACCGCGUUACUCUCACACUGGAUAAUGAUGCUGCUUCCCCAGCUCCAGACACUACCCAGCUGCAGAUUUAUUCUGGAAAUAGUUACUACUUUGGAGGGUGCCCUGACAAUCACACCAAUUCCCAAUGCUUAAAUCCCAUCAAGGCUUUCCAAGGCUGCAUGAGGCUCAUCUUUAUUGAUAACCAGCCCAAGGACCUCAUUUCAGUUCAGCAAGGUCCCCUGGGGAAUUUUAGUGAUUUACACAUUGAUCUGUGUAGCAUCAAAGACAGGUGCUUGCCAAACUACUGUGAACAUGGAGGACACUGUGCCCAAUCAUGGAGUACCUUCUACUGCAACUGCAGUGACACUGGUUACACAGGAGCCACCUGUCAUGACUCCAUCUAUGAGCAAUCCUGUGAGGUGUAUAGACACCAAGGGAACACAGCUGGGUACUUCUAUGUCGACUCGGAUGGCAGCGGGCCACUGGGACCACUCCAGGUGUACUGCAAUAUUACUGAGGACAAGAUUUGGAUGACAGUUCAACACAACAAUACAGAGCUGACUCGGGUAAAGGGUUCCGAUUCUGAGAAGCCCUAUGUCAUGACCUUAGACUAUGGUGGCAGUAUGGAGCAGCUAGAGGCUCUGAUUGAUGGCUCAGAGCAUUGUGAACAGGAGGUGGCAUACCACUGCAAAAGAUCACGCUUGCUUAACACACCAGAUGGAGCCCCAUUCACCUGGUGGAUAGGGAGGGCGAAUGAAAGGCAUCCUUACUGGGGAGGUUCUGUUCCUGGACUCCAGCAGUGUGGAUGUGGCCUGGAAGAGAGCUGCCUGGACAUUCGACACUUUUGCAAUUGUGACGCUGACACAGAUGAAUGGACAAAUGAUACUGGUGUUCUUUCCUUCAAAGAUCACUUGCCUGUAACUCAGAUAAUUAUUACUGAUACCAACAGAUCAAACUCAGAAGCCACAUGGAGAAUUGGCCCCUUGCGUUGCCAUGGUGACCGACACUUCUGGAAUGCCGUCUCGUUUUCUACAGAAGCUUCUUACCUCCAUUUUCCUACCUUCCACAUGGAAUUCAGUGCGGACAUUUCCUUCUUUUUUAAAACCACUGCUUUAUCUGGAGUUUUCCUAGAAAACCUUGGCAUUAAAGACUUCAUCCGCCUUGAAAUGAGCUCUCCUUCUGAGGUGACAUUUGCCAUUGAUGUUGGGAAUGGCCCUGUUGAGCUCCUAGUCCAGUCAUCUUCUCCUCUGAAUGACAACCAAUGGCAUUACAUCCGGGCUGAGAGAAACCUUAAGGAGACCUCACUGCAGGUGGACAACCUCCCACCAAGUAGGAGGGAGUCCACAGAGGAAGGCCAUUUCCGACUUCAGCUAAAUAGCCAGUUGUUCAUAGGAGGGACAUCAUCAAGACAGAAAGGCUUUCUUGGAUGCAUCCGUUCUUUACACUUGAAUGGACAGAAAGUAGAUCUGGAAGAGAGGGCAAAGGUCACAUCUGGAGUCAGACCUGGCUGCCCAGGUCACUGCAGCAGCUAUGGAAGCAACUGCCACAAUGGGGGCAAGUGUGUAGAGAAGCAUAGUGGCUACUCCUGUGACUGUACCAAUUCACCGUAUGAAGGACCUUUCUGUCAAAAAGAGAUCUCAGCUCUUUUUGAUUCUGGUACCUCUGUUACAUACAUGUUUGAAGAGCCAUACCCAGUGACCAAGAAUACAAGCCUUCUAUCUUCAGCUAUCUACACAGAUACUACACACACAGCUCUAUCCAAAGAAACCAUCACACUGAGUUUCGUGACAGCACAGACUCCCUGCCUCUUGCUCUUCCUCAGUUUCUCUUCCCAGAAUUUUCUGGCUCUCCUGCUCUCCAAGAAUGGAAGUUUACAUGUUCGAUAUGGACUAAUCAAGGAAGAAAGUCAUGCGUUCACCAUCAGCACAGAGAAUUUGGCAAACAGAAAGGUUCAUCAUUUGAAGAUUAGCCUAAAGGGGCCAGAAAUUUUCAUUCAGGUAGACCAGAAACUCUUCACCUAUAACUUUUCUCCAGAAGCUGAGUUCCGGACAGUGAGGUCACUCAUCCUAGGCAAAGUCACAGAGACUCAUGGGUUGGAUGCAGACAUUGCUGGAGCAAACACUUUGGGUUUUGUUGGAUGCCUUUCUUCAGUCCAAUACAAUCACAUAGCACCACUGAAGGCAGCUCUCCGCCAUGCCAGCAUUGCACCUGUGACUGUCAGAGGGGCCUUGACAGAAUCCAGCUGUGCCUCCUUGGUGGAUUCCAAUGUGAAUGCUGUGACCACUGUGCACUCUUCAUCAGACCCCUUUGGGAAGCCAGACAAAAGAGAACCACUCACAAAUGCAGCACGAAGUGACUCAGCCGUCAUUGGAGGCAUCAUAGCAGUGGUGACUUUUGUCACUUUUUGUGUCAUCGGAAUCAUGACCCACUUCCUCUAUCAGCAUAAGCAGUCACACCGUACCAAUCAGAAGAAGAAAGAAUAUCCAGAGAACUUGGACAGUUCCUUUAGAAAUGAAAUUGACCUGCAGAACACAGCCAAUGAGUGUAAACGGGAGUACUUCAUCUGAGCCACCAGAAGAUCACCUGGUCCCCUUUAUUGCAGCAUUUCCUUACGAUUUUUCUCUUCUCUUUUCUGUCUUUUAAUUUAGACAAUCUCUUUCUCUUAUCUGCCAUUAACUUUCUGAAACACACAAAUCCACUGAGAGCAUUGAUCUCCUUGACACAGCUCAGGAGAUCAGGUAGCUGUGGCUUUUGUAGUCCACUGAUAUUUGCGUCAUUUUGACAA